ACCCCAGCCCUGGUACCAGAGAUGAGAGCCUUCGUGACGUCACUGGUAUUUAAAUGAUCCGCGCUCGAGCGCCAGUUGCAGUGUGGAUAGAAGCGAUGCGCGAGAGAAGUGAGGAGCGAAGAUCAUUGAAGCUUUAGGGGCUUGACUGUACAACCUUACGCGACAAUUUAUCCACAAUUUAAUCGACUUUCGCCACAGGAAAUAUAUUAUCCUUAUUUACCAGGUGCGUAAGACACUGUUGAACGAUAGGCUACACAGCUAAAGACUGUCUCUGGGAAGGAAGAGAUCACAGAACACAGAAAAGGCGUUGUAGUUCAGUCUGUCCAUAUCCAUCCCUGUGUUCACUAGAGGAUCUCUAAGGACUCAUACCUUCACUGCAACCCCAUCCCAGUCACACAAACCUGUCUCAUCACAAGGGCUGGAGGAUGGGGCCAGGUGGGGCUGUCUCUGUGGCCCUGCUAGGGUUCACCCUCCUGGGGUUGAUCUAUGGCGCGUUGCCCCUGAACCCGGAUGACCCUAACGUGUGUAGUCACUGGGAGAGUUAUGCUGUGACGGUCCAGGAGUCCUAUGCCCACCCCUUUGACCAGGUCUACUACACAAGAUGCACCGACAUCCUCACCUGGUUCAAAUGUACCAGACACAGGAUCAGCUAUAAGACAGCGUACCGUAGGGGUGUGAGGACUAUGUACAGAAGGCGUUCUCAGUGUUGCCCAGGCUUCUACGAGAACGGAGACCUGUGUGUCCCUCAGUGUUCAGUAGAAUGUGCCCAUGGUCGGUGUGUGUCUCCUGAUACGUGUCAGUGUGAACCGGGCUGGGGAGGAGUGGACUGCUCUAGUGGUUGUCAGGCUGACUUCUGGGGCCCCCACUGCACUAACCGGUGCCAGUGUCAGAACCGGGCCCAGUGUAACCCCAUCACGGGGGCGUGUGUGUGUACGGACGGGUACCAGGGCUGGCGCUGUGAGGAGCUGUGCGAGGCGGGGCUCUAUGGGAAGGGAUGCCAGCUAGAGUGCCAGUGUCUCAACGGUGCCACCUGCCAUCACGAGACCGGAGAGUGCCUCUGUGCACCGGGAUACACCGGGGCUAUCUGUGGUGAGCAGUGUCCCUCUGGUAGUCAUGGCGCCCAGUGUGAGCUGCGUUGCCCGUGUCAGAACGGUGGAACGUGCCAUCACGUCACGGGGGAGUGCUCCUGCCCCGCUGGAUGGAUGGGCUCGGUGUGUGCCCAGCCGUGCCAGUUUGGCACCUACGGCAUCAACUGUAGCCAGGAGUGCCCCUGCCGGAACAGAGGUCUGUGUGACCACGUCAGCGGGCAGUGCCAAUGUACCGCCGGCUACAGCGGAGAGAGAUGUCAGGAGGAGUGUCCGGGGGGGUCGUACGGUCCUCAGUGUUCACAUAAGUGUGACUGUCAGAACAGAGCGAGGUGUUACCAUGUCAACGGGGCCUGUCUGUGUGACGAGGGGUUCAAAGGUCCGAGCUGUCAGGACAGGUUCUGUCCCUCUGGACAGUAUGGACUCAUCUGUGAUAAAUACUGUCCCUGUAAUACCUCAAACACACUCAGCUGCCAUCCGUUGUCGGGGGAGUGUGCGUGCGCGGCGGGGUGGGCGGGUCUGUUCUGCAACGAGACCUGUCCGUCAGGUUACUAUGGCGAGGGAUGUAAGGAGGCAUGUGCGUGUGCCAACGGAGCCGACUGUGAGGGCUUCACCGGAGCCUGCGUCUGUGCCCCCGGGUACACGGGUGAUGACUGUUCUCUGACCUGUCCUGCUGGGGUGUAUGGGGCCAACUGUUCCUCUCCCUGUUCCUGUCACAACCAGAUCGCCUGCUCACACAUCGACGGAUCCUGCAUGUGCAGAGAAGGUUGGCAGGGUGUGGAUUGUACCAUCUCGUGCUCCAGUGAUACCUGGGGUCUGAACUGUAAUCAGACGUGCCUGUGUGCCAACGGGGCGGCCUGUGACCCGGGCAAUGGAACCUGUACCUGUGCCCCCGGCUGGAUGGACGAGUACUGUGACACAACCUGUCCCGAGGGCACGUAUGGAGAACAGUGUCGAGAGCAGUGUGACUGUAUCCAUGCCGAUGGCUGUGACCCUGUGAGAGGCGACUGUCGCUGUCUGGCUGGAUGGACUGGUGUGAACUGUGACAGUGUGUGUGUGGAGGGCCGAUGGGGCCCAGACUGCUCCUACUCCUGUACCUGUGAGAACGGAGGCUCCUGCUCACCGGAGGACGGAACGUGUGUGUGUGCCCCCGGAUACAGAGGCACCUCCUGCAGACGCAUCUGUUCUCCAGGGUUCUAUGGUCAGCGCUGUAGUCAGUCCUGUCCUCAGUGUAUCCAUAGCGAUGGUCCCUGUCACCACAUCACAGGACACUGUGAGUGUCUGUCAGGAUUCCGUGGCUCUCUGUGUAACCAAGUGUGUCCCAGUGGCAGGUAUGGGAAGGGCUGUGCAGAGCUGUGUAUGUGUAGUAACAACGGGACCUGUAACCCCAUCGAUGGCUCCUGUCAGUGCUACCCAGGAUGGAUCGGAGAGGACUGCUCUAAAGUGUGUCCCCAGGGUACGUGGGGUCCAGACUGCAUCCAUACCUGUAACUGUCACAACGGGGCUCAGUGCAUCGCUACAGACGGACAGUGUAGCUGCAGCGCAGGGUGGAGCGGACUCUACUGUACACAACGUUGUAGUUCAGGGUUCUUUGGUACCGACUGCUCUGAGGUGUGUCGGUGUCAGAACGGAGCGGACUGUGACCACAUCACUGGUCAGUGCUCCUGUCGGACCGGAUUCAUCGGACACAGCUGUGAACUCAAGUGUCGUCCCGGUACGUUUGGCUACGGCUGUCAGCAGCUGUGUGUGUGUAUGAACAACGCCACCUGUGACUAUGUGACUGGAACCUGCUACUGCAGCAUCGGAUACAAAGGCAUCCGCUGUGACCAGGCUGCCCUGAUGAUGGAGGAGCUGAAUCCUUACACUAAGAUCAGCCCGGCCUUGGCAUCAGAGCACCAGUCAGCGGGCGCUGUCAUGGGCAUCAUCUUCCUCCUCCUCUUCAUCAUGACCGUGUUGGGGGUGGUGGUGUGGUGGCGGCAUCACCAGAGAGAGAAAGGAGGGCAGCACAUGCCCAGUGUGUCCUACAGCCCUGCCCUGAGGAUCAGCAGUCAGGGUUACUCCCUCUCUGACUCCUCUCCUACCAUCAGCAACGUCAGUCGUUGUUUCACUAACCCCUCCUACCACACUCUGGGAGCAUGUACCUACGCUGGCCACUACGCCAAGCCUGACAAGAAGACCAGAAGGGCCAAGGUGAAGGACAAGAGGUUAAACAGGAAUAGUGCUCCAGAGUGGACAGCCUACUAUAACCUCGAUGAACUGGGUGUGUACCAUGUAGACAGACGCUACAGCUCCUACCAUGAACAGUACUACAGAGACUACAUGAAGGGUUCACUGUCCAGCACCUGCUCUCUGAACAGUGAGAACCCCUACGCCACCAUCAAUGACCCGCAGGCCGUGGCCUGUAAACACACAGAGAGCAGCUAUGUAGAGAUGAAGAGUCCUGUCCACCACGACAUGUCCUACUGCUCUUCUGCUAUAGUCACCGCCACACACACCUCCAGCAAGAACGUCUAUGACGUGGAACCCAAGGUGAGUGUUCUCCAGGGCUGUAACGGUGUGGUGGUUCCCACGUACCCUCAGAACCCGUACGACCUCCCCAGGAACAGCCACAUCCCCAGCCACUACGACCUGCUGCCCCUGAGACACAGCCAGAGCUACAGCCCUACACACAGCCAGGAGCACAGCCACCAGAGCCACAGCCCACCCUUGCCCGGCAGCCCUACCAGCUCCCUGCUAUAGACAGACCACUCCCGAACACUGGGCCGCGACCUUAGACCUAUGACUUACUGUUGGGGCACGGUCUGCUCCACCUGGGGUUGCGGAUAAAGAUUGUAAUGUGACUAUAGAGACAAAGUACCAGUGCAACAUCAAUGUUAGUGGACAUACUAGAUGAUAUACCAACAGAAGCUCUGUGUGGUCUCACUGCUGUGUGGACUCACUGCUGUGUGGACUCACUACCGUGUGGACUCACUACCGUGUGGACUCACUACUGUGUGGACUCACUACUGUGUGGACUCACUACCGUGUGGACUCACUGCCGUGUGGACUCACUACCGUGUGGACUCACUGCCGUGUGGACUCACUAACGUGUGGACUCACUAACGUGUGGACUCACUGCUGUGUGGACUCACUAACGUGUGGACUCACUGCUGUGUGGACUCACUAACGUGUGGACUCACUAACGUGUGGACUCACUAACGUGUGGACUCACUAACGUGUGGACUCACUAACGUGUGGACUCACUAACGUGUGGACUCACUAACGUGUGGACUCACUAACGUGUGGACUCACUAACGUGUGGACUCACUGCUGUGUAAAGCAUACUGAACGUGUAAUAUAUUACAGCUAUGUGAAGUGUCUGAGGAAGACACUGGGAAGUCAUAUAACUACAGGAGAUGUGUGGUACCCUCUUUGUUUACACUCUGGCUCGGUGGAGGACACACACAUCCUAGGAAAGGAAGGAAGGACAGACGCAUACACACACACACACACACACACACACAUCCUAGGAAAGGAAGGAAGGACACACACACACAUCCUAGGAAAGGAAGGAAGGACACACACACACAUCCUAGG